ACGUCGCAGGUUUCAACCAUCAGCGAGUGCACUCUGGAAUGUCUAAACCAUCAAGAAUGUGUAUCGGUCAAUUUCGGCAAGAGAGACGGAACGAAGUAUGCGUGUGAGUUAAUAAACACGGAUAUGUUUCAGCAACCAGACAAGCUUUCAGUCAGUCAGGAUUUUGACCAUUAUAAUAUUAAGGUAAGUCACUUAGCUUUGCAUCUGCUUAUCAUUAACGGAUGUCAAGGCUUAAGCAGUAAAACCAUCACGCCAAAAAUUGAAACGAAUCUUGACUUCAAACGGUCCGGUUUGUAUAGCGAGGUAACUGUAACGGAUUGCGUUUUAUGGCUCAAAGGAAUCGAAUAAGGUAAAGAUAAUUAAUAAUCUUUGGACGACAAUAUAACAUCGUCAAUAGCCCACAGCAAGUUUCCCCUGCUGAAAAGCACUACAAAAAUACCUUUAACAUUUAAUUUUUGUUAUUACACAAUAAAAUAAUGUUAUACUGGGAUAAAGUACAUAUUGGCUCCAAGAGAUAAAGCCUGUUCUGAUCAAACUUUCCUUUUUCGAUACCAUAAAAAAAAUAAUUGACCAUUUAAACUUGAGUGGCUGUUAUUAAAGAUUCUAUUCUGUAAAAUUAGUCAUAAGGACAUUGUUAUUAAAAUUUUUAGCUAGAGGCAUAAUUUAUUAACUGAGUGAAAAUAGGAGAAUCAAAAGGUGAUCACGCUGACUUUUUUUAAACGUAAAAUCAUUCAAGUUUUUUUGCAAAUACUGCUUUCAAGGUCGCACCAAACAUUUAGUAUUAUGUGCUUAUUCAAGUGCAUCACACCAUCAAGAAAACAUUCCUGUACGACAUUAGCAUAGCAUCUUCAACAACCACAGUUCGUAGCAAAAACAGAACAAAAACGUUGCCUCGCAGACUUCACGCGAGCGACUUGUUAAUUACAAAAAUCUAGCAUAAUUUCGGUUAGACAGCCUGAUGUUAACCCAGUAUUUGCUAAUUUUUUUGGAAGCGAGGAGAGAAAAGGGGUCUUAAGCUGCAAUUUGCGAUGAACCACAUUGCAUACGUAACUUAACCCCUACAAUAAUUGUGCAAUAUUCAAUAUCAUGAUUAAUUUUGAUUGCGCAUGCAGUAUAAUUUUAUAUGUUGAAAGGACCCCUUGUUAUAAACUCUCGAUAUAACGUACGAUUUUCUCAGUCUCUUAGCCCCUAUAGAUUAUACUCUAAUCAUGGCACUUGUCACUACAAGUUUUAGGUAUUACAUAUACAGCUAUUUCGAGAAAGGUUGUCUAAAAAAAAAUGUGCACGCGACAAUCCCGAAAGGUAACAUGGGAUAUUAUCAAUACUCUGUUCCUGACGACUGUAGCUGUCGAACCUACUUUUGUUGCUUUCCUUUAGCACUCGCAAACACAUUUCCAUGGCCUUUCCUGCCAAUUCUUUCAAAUUUCUUUGAAAAACAGAGAACUCAAAACCACCCACAAUGCCUUUCGGGAUUGUCGCGUGCACUUUUUCCGACAACCUUUCUCGAAAUAGCUGUAUACAUACAUUUAUUUCACGUCCCCACAGGGAUUUUCAGUGAAAUAUUUACCAAAAUAGAAUGACAUGAAAUAAAACAAAACAAAAAAAAGGGUUCUACGUGUCUAAAAAUUAAAAUACAGGAAGUUAGAUUAAUUAAAUACCUAAUGAUUAAACUAUCUAUUACUGGGUUCUUAUGCUAGCUGUGUUUUGUGAUCUUAUAAAUUCAGUUAGAGUCCAUUAGAAGUCUAUUUCUCAUCAUAACAGUUAUUUCUGUCUCCAGACACCGUGCAUGUCCAACCCCUGCAGGAACGGUGGUACGUGUCAUCCAAUCUACGAAACGGAGGACUAUAACUGCGUUUGCCCAUUCAGCAAUCUUGUUGGAAAAAACUGCCAAAACUGUAAGCAAUUAAUGAAAGCUGGUUAAAAAAAUAUAACAAAGUUGCUCCGAGAGAACGAAAGAGUUUUAAGCUUGCCGAGACAGCGAGAUGAAAAUUGAAACUUAAAAUCGCUUAACAUCGCUCGAUUCAAUUUUGGUUAAAAUGACUCAUUUUCGCAGAUGAAAAUCCAAGAUUGCGAAUUAUCUAAGCUGGCCUGCAUUUGAAGCCGUGACGUAAUUUCUGAGUCAUAUACGGUCAUAUUACGUCAUCACGUCACUUAAAAAGCCUCAACUUAUUGAUAGGGUAUUUGUUCUCCAAGACCCAUUGAUAAAACUUUUAUCAUUCUACAACAUACCGUUCCUGGUACUGUAAGGGCGGGUGUGUGCCCUAAAUAUCACUUAAUGCAUCAUUAUUAAAUCCUCGAAUGCAGACAAUUAGGUUGUUUAUUUUGUUGUUUACAAAUUCAAAAUAUCCAUGCUUAUCAGCAACGUCAGCUUUGAAUAGAGUGAUUAACAUGCAUUGAAAUUAUUUUUCAAUUUGCAAGUGAUAUGCAAUGCUCAAUCUCUGGACAUAUGCCAAAAAGCGAUGUCUUCGUGGACGGUGACAUCUGCAGGCCUACAGAAUGCUGUGCUGUCAAACUGCGAUGCAAGCAAGAUUUUACCAGGGUAUGAGCUGCUGUUCAUUGUGACCAGAGGGAGUCUAGACCACUGUGGCAAAUACGAGAUAAUGAGGAUCACAGACGUUGAUGGGUAG